AACGGGCCCCGGGGAGGGGGGCCAUGGGCGGAAGUGGGUGUGACAGGGACGGGAGCCGAGAGGGCCCUCUGAAGCGAGACGCUGGGCUGUGGGGCCGCUCGCAGGGAGGGUCGAAGUCAUGAUUCCCCCGCAGGAGGCGUCCGCCCGGCGGCGGGAGAUCGAGGACAAGCUAAAGCAGGAGGAGGAGACGCUGUCCUUCAUCCGAGACAGCCUGGAGAAGAGCGACCAGCUCACCAAGAACAUGGUGUCUAUCCUGUCAUCCUUUGAAAGUCGCCUUAUGAAGCUGGAGAACUCCAUCAUCCCCGUGCACAAGCAGACGGAGAACCUGCAGCGGCUGCAGGAGAAUGUCGAGAAGACCCUGUCCUGUCUGGACCAUGUCAUCAGCUACUACCACGUGGCCAGUGACACUGAAAAGAUCAUCAGAGAGGGGCCCACAGGUAGGCUAGAGGAGUAUCUGGGAAGCAUGGCCAAGAUUCAGAAGGCUGUGGAGUAUUUCCAGGACAAUAGCCCAGACAGCCCAGAGCUCAACAAAGUGAAGCUGCUGUUUGAGCGGGGGAAGGAGUCACUGGAGUCCGAGUUCCGCAGCCUGAUGACCCGGCACAGCAAGGUGGUGUCCCCAGUGCUCAUCCUGGAUCUGAUCGGUGGUGAGGACGACCUGGAGCUCCAGGAGGAGGUGCCCCUGGAGCACCUGCCCGAGAGCGUGCUGCACGACGUGGUCCGCAUCUCCCGCUGGUUGGUGGAAUAUGGCCGCAACCAAGAUUUCAUGAACGUCUACUACCAGAUCCGCUCCAGCCAGCUGGAUCGCUCCAUCAAAGGCCUGAAGGAGCAUUUCCGGAAGAGCAGCUCUUCCUCUGGGGUCCCCUACUCCCCUGCUAUCCCCAACAAGAGGAAAGACACACCCACCAAGAAGCCAGUCAAGCGACCAGGGACGAUCCGUAAGGCUCAGAACCUUCUGAAACAAUAUUCCCAGCAUGGUCUAGAUGGGAAAAAGGGGGGCUCUAACCUCAUUCCUCUGGAAGGUCACGAGCAUGAUUUCCGAGUUAAGCACCUGUCCGAGGCCCUGAACGACAAGGCCGGGCCGCUGGCCGGGAGAGAUGACAUGCUGGACGUGGAAACAGAUGCCUACAUUCACUGCGCUAGUGCCUUUGUCAAGCUGGCCCAGAGCGAGUACCAGCUGCUGACGGAUGUCAUCCCUGAGCACCAUCAGAAAAAGACCUUCGACUCUUUAAUACAGGACGCCCUGGACGGGCUCAUGCUCGAAGGCGAGAACAUUGUGGUGGCCGCCCGCAAGGCCAUCAUCCGCCAUGACUUCUCGGCCGUGCUCACUGUCUUCCCCAUCUUGCGGCACCUCAAGCAGACCAAGCCUGAGUUUGACCAGGUGCUCCAGGGCACAGCCGCCAGCACCAAGAACAAGCUGCCCAGCCUCAUCACUUCCAUGGAGACCGUGGGAGCCAAAGCGCUGGAGGACUUCGCCGACAACAUCAAGAACGACCCCGACAAGGAAUACAACAUGCCCAAGGAUGGCACCGUGCACGAGCUCACGAGCAACGCCAUCCUCUUCCUGCAGCAGCUCCUGGACUUCCAGGAGACGGCAGGCGCCAUGCUGGCCUCCCAAGAGACCAGCUCCUCCGCCACCAGCUACAGCUCCGAGUUCAGCAGGCGUCUGCUGAGCACGUACAUCUGUAAAGUCCUAGGCAACCUGCAGUUGAACCUGCUGAGCAAAUCCAAGGUGUAUGAGGACCCAGCUCUGAGCGCCAUCUUCCUGCACAACAACUACAACUACAUCCUCAAGGCCCUGGAGAAGUCCGAGCUGAUCCAGCUGGUGGCCGUGACCCAGAAGACUGCCGAGCGCUCCUACCGUGAGCACAUCGAGCAGCAGAUCCAGACCUACCAGCGCAGUUGGUUAAAGGUGACUGACUACAUUGCCGAGAAGAAUCUACCUGUGGUCCAGCCUGGAGUCAAGCUUCGGGACAAGGAGCGGCAGAUGAUCAAGGAGCGUUUUAAGGGCUUCAACGAUGGCCUUGAGGAGUUGUGCAAGAUCCAGAAGGCCUGGGCUAUUCCCGACACAGAGCAGAGGGACAAGAUCCGCCAAGCUCAGAAAAGCAUCGUUAAGGAGACCUACGGGGCCUUUCUAAACAGGUAUGGCAGCGUGCCCUUCACCAAGAACCCGGAGAAGUACAUCAAGUACCGCGUGGAGCAGGUGGGGGACAUGAUCGAUCGCCUCUUUGACACCUCGGCCUGAGCUGCCACUGCCCCUGCCUGGCUCUGCCAGAGCAGCUGUGUUACUGGACAGAUAAACAGGUGUGGACUUGCCUCUG